AUGACAAGAUCAUAUCUCGGAGACAAAUUGUCCGAGAGCCGUAGCCUCGCGAGUCAUGGUAAUUGGAUACUGAUGAUGAAUCCGAGUCUCGAUUUCUACGUCUUGAACGUGUUUACCUGCGAGAGAAUCUAUCUUCCGUCUCUAUCACUCCGAGGUCAAGUGAGAUUCCAAAGAAAAGACGGUGGUGGGUUAUUCCUCGAACACUCUUGGUUAAAUCGUGAGACGAUCAUCAACAGGUAUAUCGAGACGGCUGUUUUGUGGAUCGAUGAGAAGACAAAAGAUUUUGUCGUUUGUUGGAUUUACAAUGAUCAGUACUUGUUCUCAUACAAGAAAGGAGAUGAUUCUUGGUGGCACCUUGAAGGAACAAAGUGUUUACAUAUGGCUUACAAGGAUCAAAAGCUCUGUGUUUAUACCUCUGACCAUCUCAUCAAGAUUCUUGAUUACUCUGGUGAUAUCCCGGUAGAGAUCAUCGAAGAAAACCCUUAUUUGAAUCAUCCUUUUUACUAUGAUCCGAAACCGUGGGAAUACAUUUGGAAGAGGAGAUUAGCGAUCACGACUUCAGGAGAUGUUCUAAUCAUUCUGAGCUUAAAAGGAGUCCUUGAGUACCAAGAGAAAAUUUUGUUCUACAUCUUUAAGUUGAAUCUUCAAGCCGGCCAGGAAUGGGAACGAGUAGAUUCUCUGGGCAAUGAGAUAUUGGUUUUUGGUAAAGAAGAGAUUCUUGGAGGAGUCAUCUAUUUCGUUCCUGAUGAUGUUUGGCCGGAGGCGGCCAAUAAUGACCUUCAAAUAUAUACCGGUGCCUUUGAUCUUUCAACAACCAAAAUAAUAUGGACUCUACCUCAACUUUAUUAUUACGUGUACAACAUUCGCUAUCGCUGGAUUGUUCCAGGGAUCUGUUAA